CCAGUGUCCGCUUAGCACUACUACUUUCUCUGUGAUAUCCACCACUUCGUUGUAGCCAAGUAAUUUAGAUUUUAAGUGUACUUAUCUACCUCAACUGCUGCGAUAUGGCGGGAAACUUCUGGCAAAGCUCUCAUUAUCUGCAGUGGGUGCUGGACAAACAGGACCUGAUGAAAGAGCGUCAGAAGGACCUAAAGUUUCUCACAGAGGAGGAGUACUGGAAGCUGCAAAUCUUCUUUGCCAAUGUCAUUCAGGCUUUGGGUGAACACUUGAAGCUGCGGCAGCAGGUUAUUGCUACGGCAACUGUCUACUUCAAACGCUUCUAUGCCAGGUAUUCCCUGAAAAGUAUAGACCCUGUGCUCAUGGCUCCUACCUGUGUGUUCCUGGCUUCAAAAGUUGAGGAAUUUGGAGUUGUGUCCAAUACCAGACUGAUCUCUGCAGCAACAUCUGUGUUGAAAACAAGAUUUUCCUAUGCCUUCCCAAAGGAGUUUCCUUAUAGAAUGAAUCAUAUAUUGGAGUGUGAGUUCUACCUUUUGGAGUUGAUGGACUGCUGCCUGAUCGUGUAUCACCCCUACAGACCUCUGUUGCAGUACGUGCAGGAUAUGGGACAGGAGGACAUGCUACUACCCCUGGCCUGGCGAAUAGUGAAUGACACAUACAGGACAGAUCUGUGUCUGCUCUACCCUCCCUUCAUGAUUGCUCUAGCCUGUCUGCAUGUGGCCUGUGUGGUGCAGCAGAAAGAUGCCAGACAGUGGUUUGCAGAGCUCUCCGUUGACAUGGACAAAAUCCUGGAGAUUAUCCGAGUCAUCCUGAAGCUCUAUGACCAGUGGAAAAAUUUUGAUGACAGGAAGGAGAUCGCUGCUGUGCUAAACAAGAUGCCUAAACCCAAACCACCUCCAAACAGUGAGAGUGACCAGAGCUCCAACGGUAACCAAAGCAACUCAUACAGCCAGUCUUAGCGUGGCGCCUGUAUCUCCCCGGAUUCCAUAAUGUCGAUGCAGAGAGAGGUUGAUCACCUUCAAAACGUUGCACAGCACAACCUCUGUGAUGCCAUCUUCAACUGACAACCCCCCCACCCAACUCUGAGAGUCAUGUCUUCACUUUACCCUUCUCUGAUCAUUCUGGGUUUAUGGAUUUAGGAAACAGCCGCAGAAACACCUGCAGUUAACAGCCGAUCAGUGACAGCAGGCAGUUAUGUUGUCUCAAUGAGGCCACUCUACUCUGCUCCAGACUUGAAAUGAACUUAAACUGAGGAACAGAAGGGGGUGGGGUAGAGGGUAAGUGAGUGUGAGGGGGUAAACUUGAUGGGAGAAUUGUGGGAGGGGGUUUACAGAUGUGAUGAUUCAGUAAAAACAUUUGAUUGUAAUGAUCCUGACGUCCUUGAACAGCCCAGAGGAGCAGAGCAAAUCACUUCACAUGGAGCUCCACGGGAAUCGAGAAAACUUGAUCACAAAUACUGUGUGUGUGUGUGUGUGUGUGUGUGUGUAUACGUACAACAUAUUGAGAGGCCAGUCUGGGCGGGUUUUCAUUCCUCAGGGACCAUGGUAGUCUUCCCUACUCGUGUCUGUACAUAAAAAUGAUUUGAUACUGUGCCGUUUAAAGAAUGGUUUUGAUUGGAUAUCACCCUGUGCAACUGUGAUGUGAUUGGAUAUACCUGCCCUCUGCGCUCUGUGCUGGUUGAUCAUGAACCGUGCCAGGGAAAAAAUCCCAAGAGAGGCUCUUCUUUUAAGGUUUAUAGUAGCUCUUUGAAUUCCAGAUUUUACUGUUUUGAAUCAUGACAAUUCCACCUCCUCCCUCCCAUUCGCUCUUUCAUUUUGUAAAUAGCCUUUUUGCUUCUAUUCAUUUAUUUUAUGUCAUGUUUUUGCUUCAUUGAGGAAAACUCACCGGAAAUCAUGAGCGGCUUCCACUUUGAACUCUGUGCUUGAAUGAAAGUGCCCCAGUCUGAUUCAUUGUCAUGAUUUUGUUUGCCUGCUGCAAAGCUUACGCUUCAUUUUAUUGUACUUUCUUUUUCAUUUAUUCUGCUUAGUUGUAGAAUAUGUAUCUUGUAAAUCUAUUUUAAAAACUUUUAGUUUGUCAAUGAUUUUUUUUUUUUUUUUUUGAGUAAAGGCAAAUCACAGUCAUUCUAAAUGAGUCUGUUUUGGUUGUACAUACUUAUUUCUAUCCUGCCAUCUCUUUAAUCAGUGAAUUGUGGCAAUAUAUGUGUCCAUAUACCUGUAAAUAUCUAUAUUUUUGUGAUAUAAAAUAGUGGGAGGUGUGUGUGUGUGGCUGUACUAAAAACAAGGUGCUUCAAAGCCUUAUAAAAUAAUAGCUGCUGGUUACAGAGAAAAUCCUUCAUGUGAGCACAUUGUCCCAUUCAGGUGAAAGUGUAACAUGUAUCUUAGGGUGGAUUUUUGUCGCAGUACUUGGAUGCAUCUUUAUGUUUUCCUCAGUGGCUUCAUCUACUGUACACUCAAGUUCUGUCACUGUUGGAAAAAGCAGCUGAAUAGGUACAUAAAUAUCUUGUUAAAGGCCACUUUUUCAUACUAAGUGAAAGCCAAUGAGGCAUGUUUGAAGCAUCCUUGUUUGACUCUGCCCUCAGGCAUUUUCCUCCCCUUCAGCAGGCUCCAUCUGUUACACGACUGUUCACUUGAGCUGGCGUACAGUGAAAAGGGCUUCACACUAAACUAUUCCCUCUAGUUCUGAUUAAAACAUCACCCAACAUUGUUUUAUCAAAUAUUACUUGAAAGUCUUUGUCUAUCAUUUUAUCAAUUAUGGUAAUAAAAUGUAUGGUGUG